AUGAAGAACAAAAAGGGUAUAGCAUUAGUGCAGGUGCUACAUCUUCUUGGUUUAACUUUCAUGUUUUAUUUAUCAAUAGCAGUUGCACAAGAGGAGCAAACUAGCUUGCAAACUUAUAUUGUUUGGGUUGAAAAGCCGAUCUCCCAGAAUUCCUAUGCACAAUCUCAUGAAGAUUUGGAGAGUUGGUAUCAAUCAUUUUUGCCUGAAACUAGUGCAAACUCAAACCAGCUGAUGAAGCAAAGGAUGGUUCAUGCUUACCGCCAUAUAGCCACGGGCUUUGCUGCAAAACUGACACAGGAGGAAGUAAAGGCAAUGGAAAAUAAAGAAGGGUUUGUGUCAGCUCAUCUACAGAGAACUCUGCCUUUGCACACUACUCAUAGUCCUGAAUUCUUAGGAUUACACCAAGGAUUGGGACUUUGGGAACAAACAAACUAUGGUGAAGGAGUGAUAAUUGGAGUUUUGGAUACUGGGAUUGGACCUGAUCACCCUUCAUUUAGUGAUGAAGGAGUAUCCCCACCUCCGGCUAAAUGGAAAGGCAAAUGUGUGUUCAACGGAACAGUCUGCAAUAACAAGCUUAUUGGUGCAAAAAAUUUCAUAGACGCAGGCAAAGGGAAAGCUAGAAGGAGUGCUCCAUUUGACCAAGAUGGCCAUGGCACCCACACGUCUAGCACAGCUGCUGGAAAUUUUGUGGAAGGUGCAAGCUUGUUUGGACAGGCCAAUGGCACAGCAUCUGGCAUGGCCCCUUAUGCUCACUUGGCAAUUUAUAAAGUCUGUGGCGGCUAUGAUUGCGCUGAUGCUGACGUUUUGGCUGCAAUGGAUGCUGCUGUUGAUGAUGGCGUUGACGUGCUCUCCCUCUCACUUGGCGGUCCCUCAGUUCCUCUCUAUGUUGAUCUGAUUGCCGUUGGCGCAUUUGGAGCAAUGCGAAAGGGAAUUUUUGUCAGCUGUUCAGCUGGAAAUGAUGGUCCUGAACAUGGUUCUUUAUCAAAUGAGGCUCCGUGGAUUCUCACUGUUGGAGCAAGCACCACUGACCGAAUAUUAAACUUGACCGCAACACCUACAGCCACAAACUUGUCCAAAGUCUCCGGAUCAGAUCCACUCGCUCCAAAGGUGGCUAUCUUUUCAUCAAGAGGACCAAACAUUGCAAGCCCUGGAAUUCUAAAACCUGAUAUCAUUGGACCUGGUAUUGACAUCCUAGCAGCAUGGCCCUAUUCUGUGGACAAUGCCACAUCUAAGGCAACAUUUAACAUAAUUUCGGGUACGUCAAUGUCAUGUCCUCACCUAAGUGGCAUUGCAGCCUUGCUUAAGAGCUCACACCCUGACUGGUCACCAGCUGCGAUUAAAUCUGCAAUCAUGACAACCGCGGAUGUACUAAACCUCAUUGGCAAACCCAUUGUCGAUGAAUGGCUUAGGCCGGCAGACAUCUUUGCAAUAGGUGCAGGCCAUGUUAACCCUUCAAAAGCAAUUGACCCGGGCCUCAUCUACGACAUACAAGCAGAGGACUACAUUCCUUACUUGUGUGGUUUAAACUACACAGAGAAACAAAUACGUAUCCUCACCCAACAAGCAGUGAACUGCUCUCAAGUUGGAGCCAUAGAAGAAACACAGCUAAAUUAUCCUUCAUUUUCUAUUUUUGUGAGUUCAAGUCACAAGCUGUGGACUCAGUCUGCACAUUAUACAAGAACUGUCAAGAACGUUGGCCCGACUAAUUCGGUUUACAGCUUGGAUCUCUUAGUACCAAAUAAAACGAGGAUGAGUGUGAAUCCUCAAGUGCUCACAUUCACAGAGGUUAACCAGACCAUUACGUACCAGGUGGAGUUUCUUGCACUUGACAGUGCUACUUCUGGAGGGGAUGAUUUUCAGUCACAGGGAUACUUGAGAUGGGUUUCUGAUCAGCAUAAUGUUACUAGCCCAAUAGCUGUGGUCAUUGAGGCUAAGUAA